AUGGCGCCAACGGGGAGCAGCAGGAUUAAACCCUGGGGGGCAGCACCAGCAGACUCGGGGCUGGCGAGCACCAGCCUGCGGACACUGACGGAGAGGCUGCAGGAGCUGGCACAGGACAUCCAGGGCCUGGUGCUGGGGGGGCCACCAGCAGAGGCUGCCCCCCGGCCACCCCCCCUGGCCCUCCUGGCCCGUGUCGUCGACCUGGUCGGGGCUGCCAAGGGGCUCUUCUCCUGGCUCAACAGGUACCUCUUCUCCACCCUCAAUGACUUCUCAGCCAGCAGGGACAUCGUCCUGCUCUGUGCCCAGCUGGCAGAGACGCUGCAGGAGGACUGCCCCCCGGCUGAGAGGGACAGCCAGAUCCUGCAGAUUUGCCAGCACAUCGUGGGCAUCUGCGAGAACAUUGUGGGCUGCAGCCCCCCCACGCUGCUGGACCGCAGGGCUGUGCUGCAACGUGUGGGGCUGGUGCUGCCCCCCAGCCCACGGGGCAGCCCCCCGUCGUCCCCCGACACCCUGGCGUUGCCUUCUGGCCUGGGGGAUGUGGGAGCUGUGGCUGGGGAAUUGUGUAGGACACAGGAACCGUGGCUGGGGAGAUCAGUGGGAUCUGCAGCCAGGGAGGAUGUGGGGGAUGCGGGAGCUGUGGGGCUGGGCAGCCGUGGGGCGGUGUGGGGCCGGGGCCACGGCUCACCCGGGGAUGUGCAGGUCGUCAACCUGGCCAAGAAGCUGCUGGAGAAGGCGAGUGGGGUGACACUGGUGCUGAAGAAGAUCCCCCUCGACCUCCCCAGAUCGCCCCCCUCUCCCAGGCAGCAGCUCCCAGGAGCAGUUGUGGAUAUUGGGGAUCCCCCCGGCAGCAGGAGAGGCGAAUGCCCAGGGAGCCCCGUGUCCCUGACCUCCAGAGGUGCCGGCAGCGCAGCAGCUGCCUACAUGACCCUUCUCCUCUCCCGGAAUGGAAAGGCGUGUGCGGAGCCGGCGACAGGGAAAACCGAGGGUGCCCCGAGCGAGAGCGGGGCCGGACGGACCCCAACAGUGGGACCCCCCUCCCCUGCCACCCCCACAGCCGUCGGGGGGUGUUGUUUUGGCUCAGGGCUCCCUUCUCCCCACAGCGCUGCUGCGGACUUGGACUCGGGGCCAGACUCGGCGCCGGAUCCUGUCACCGACGAAGAGGACGGAGGGGACGAGCGGGACUCGGAGCUGCCCGGCUGUGGUCCUUCAGAGGAGGAGGCGGCGUGGGAGGGUGAGACCCCGCUGGGCACCCCCCCCUCCCCGGGUGUCCCCGCUGUCACCGGACCCUACGUGUCAGAGCUCAGCCCCACGGCAGCCCCUGCCACGGGGGCUGGGGGUGCAGAACCCGGCCAGGUCCCCGAGGAGGGCAGCCCGCGGACGGGACGCAGACCGAAAGGAGUGGCGACCAGGCUGAGCCGCCGGCGGGUCUCGUGCCGGGACCUGGGCCGGGUGGACUGCGAUGGCUGGCUCCUGAAGAAGAAAGACCACGUGGGCUUCAUGGCCCAGAAGUGGAAGCGGUGCUGGUUUGUGCUGAAGGGCCACACGCUCUACUGGUACAACCAUCCCAACGAUGAGAAGGCUGCGGGUCUCAUCAACGUGGCCACCUACGACCUGGAGAGCACGAGGGAGCAGAAGAAAAAAUACGUGUUCCAGCUCUCCCAUCAGAGGUACAAGCCCUUCGUCUUUGCUGCAGAAACGUUGGCUGAUUUGAGCAUGUGGGUCAGUCACCUCCUCACAGCCAAAAAGAAGUACGCCCUAGCCCACCAGUCGGUCCCAGACAGGGAGGAAGACUGCUACAGCGAGACAGAAGCCGAAGACCCUGAUGAUGAGUCCCCCAGGCACGGAUGCGACUCGCCAAAGAAGAGGCUGCAAAACGCCCCGGAGAGAGCCCAGCUCUUCAUGGCCAGCGGCGAGUCCAGCAGCACAGCCAGCAGCCCCCAGGGCAGCCCCCGGCCCUGCUCGCCCGUGGAGCCCGCCGGGGAGGAUCUCGAGUGCCUGAUGCGGUGCCUGAAGCAGGGGGGGGUGUCCCUCAUCGGGCGGCAGCGGUUCCUGACGCAGGAGCAGUGCCGCAAGUCCUUCAUCCGGCGCAACAAGAACCCCCACAUCAACGAGAAGGUGCACGUGGUGCGGGCCCUGCAGAGCACCCUCAAGGCGAAGGUGGAGGAGCUGCAGGCCCUGGAGCAGCUGCUGAGCGACGCUGCCCUCACCUCGGAGAAGUUCACCCGCUGGAAGGAGGAGCACCAGGAGCUCUACCAGGAGCUGCGGGAGUGGUGGGCACGGCAGGAGGGCCAGGACCCCCACGGGGGGCUCGGGGCCGAGCAUGUUCCCCCUGAAGAAGCAGCUGAACCCUGACACCCCACCAGGACCUCUCUGGCACAAUAAAAUAUUUUUUUAAUUUU